CGUUGGGUGGGGUGGCUGUACCAUGAGCAUUUCUUUUUUUUCAAUCCCUCCUCCAACUCCCCUCAUCACUCAUUUCUCCUCGAUCCUAUUCCCACAUACUCUCUUUAAUAGCGAUACUAAUAUAAAGAGGAACAGAAACCUCAGCGCCUUAUCUCCUCCUCCUCCUCCUCCUCCUCGUCGUCGUCGCGCGGAAAAGGGCUACUCGCUGCUUUCUUCUGCAACCACCUUCCGCUGUUCCUGCUCCGCCGCCGCUUUUUCAUCAGAUAUGGAUGUUAGUGCUGGUUCUAGUCUGUUUCCUUUGCAUCGCUGUAAAACUCUAUACCUGGUUAGGCAUGCACAAGGAAUUCAUAACGUGGAAGGUGAAAAAGACUAUAAGGCAUACUUAUCUCCUGAAUUGUUUGAUGCUCAUCUUACACCUCUAGGUUGGAAUCAGGUUGAUAAUUUGCGAAAGCAUGUUAAUGCAAGUGGGCUUGCAAAGAAGAUUGAGUUGGUGAUUACCUCGCCUCUUUUAAGAACUAUGCAAACUGCUGUUGGAGUCUUUGGAGGUGACAAACUCAUCGACGGAAUGAAGGUGCCUCCCUUGAUGGUGGAAAAUGUCGGGAAUAGUGGACGUUCUGCAAUUUCAAGUUUAGAUUGUCCACCUUUUAUAGCAGUUGAAUACUGCCGAGAGCAUUUGGGAGUCCAUCCUUGUGAUAAACGUAGAAGCAUAAGUCAAUAUCAGCCUCUGUUUCCAGCAAUUGAUUUUUCUCUGAUAGAAAAUGAUGAAGAUCUUUUGUGGAAAGCUGAUAUAAGAGAAGGAAACGAUGAACUUGCAGCUAGAGGAAUGAAGUUUAUUAAUUGGUUGUGGACACGAAAAGAGAAGGAAAUUGCAGUUGUUACCCAUAGUGGAUUUUUGUUCCAUACCUUACAACAAUUUGGGAAUGACUGUCAUCCUUUAAUCAAGGAUGAAGUUGGCAAACACUUUGCUAACUGCGAGCUCCGUUCAAUGGUAUUGAUUGACAGAAGCGGUGCUGGUUCAGAUCCCGCUGUGACCAAUUAUCCUGGAAAGAUUCCGCAGGGACCAGAUGUACCCAGCGAAGAUGCUGAUGACAAGCUUCCAGAUGGGGAAGCCAGUUCGAAGUAAUGAUAGUAAUAUUAUUAUUCGACAUGCAAGGUUCUCUUAGGUUUACUCUUCUAUUCCAGUUUCAUGAGAUGCCUGCAAGCACCUCGGGGAAGGAUAAAAUUUUAUUUGUGUUUAGUUAAAGUACCUAAUCUGUUAUUAGAUCUCUCUAUGAUUUAACCUUGUCGUAGAUAUCGGCUUAUUGUUGACCUGUUUCCGGGACGAGCCUCUCCAUUUUUUAUAUACGACACAUUUCUUCUUCUU